GCAAACUGAAACAGUUUCAUCCGUUAGUUACAACAACUAAAAAAAAUGCAUUUAUUCUCUGCUUCUUCGUCGACAUCAUCAUCAAAAGCAGCAAGUUUGAAUCUUCUAACUUCCUCUCAGAACCCAAAUAACAAAAAAUACUUAAAUUCAACUUCCAAAUUCUCCUUCAAAAUCCCGACCAAGACUACUUAUUUAACCCCAUUGUCUUCAAAUAACUCCUCUCCGAUUCUCGAACAAAGACCACCACUAUCCUCAGAAUUUCAAAACAAAGAACCUAUCAAAGAAGCAGAAAAAGAUUCAUUUGAGGGUCUGCCUGUAGUUCGCAGACCAGCAAUUGAGCUUCCCAGUGAAAAUUCAGACCAGAGUAAAGAUGGUGGUGGUGGUGGGCUUAUUGAUGCAAAUGAUGUUAAGAAAUCUCCAGCUAUCAUUGAUGCUGGUCUCGAGAAGUUUGCGAAGAAACUGCCAUUUUUCGAACCGGAGAGAAUGGAGGUAGAUUCUUCUGCUUCUUCUUCUCAAGAGAAGCCUCUUCGUGUGAAUUUGGACCUGGCUCUGUAUAAGGCUAAGGUUUUAGCUCGGAGUUAUAGAUAUGCAGAUGCUGAGUUUAUACUUGAGAAGUGUAUAAAUUGUUGGCCUGAAGAUGGAAGGGCAUAUGUGGCAUUAGGAAAGAUACUGAACAAGCAAUCAAAAACAGCAGAAGCUAGAGCUGUAUAUGAGAAAGGGUGCCAGGCAACGCAAGGAGAAAAUGCCUACAUUUGGCAGUGCUGGGCAGUUCUAGAAAAUAAGACGGGUAAUAUAAGAAGAGCAAGAGAAUUGUUUGAUGCUGCCACAGUUGCUGACAAGAAGCAUAUAGCUGCCUGGCAUGGUUGGGGAGUUCUAGAGCUAAAACAGGGAAAUGUCAAGAAGGCAAGACAACUGCUUGCUUAUGGCAUCAAGUUUUGUGGCGGAAACGAGUAUGUAUAUCAAACGCUAGCUUUAUUAGAAGCUAAAGCCAACCGAUAUGAGCAGGCCCGUUACUUGUUCAGGCAAGCCACCAAGUGUAAUCCAAAUAGCUGUGCGAGUUGGCUUGCAUGGGCACAAGUGGAGAUGCAACAGGAAAACAACCUUACAGCGAGGCAACUUUUUCAGAAAGCAAUACAAGCGAGCCCCAAAAAUAGGUUUGCAUGGCACGUAUGGGGAGUUUUUGAAGCUAAUAUUGGAAAUGUUGAAAUGGCUAGAAAGCUUUUGAAGAUUGGUCAUGCACUCAAUCCAAGGGAUCCUGUUCUGCUUCAGUCUCUUGCAUUACUGGAAUAUAAACACUCCACUGCAAAUCUUGCACGAGUUCUUUUCAGGAAAGCAUCUGAACUUGACCCAAAACAUCAACCAGUAUGGGUUGCCUGGGGAUGGAUGGAAUGGAAGGAAGGAAAUCUAUCUAAUGCUAGAAAGCUAUACCAGAGAGCUCUUUCAAUUGACGCGACCACUGAAAGUGCAGCUAAAUGUCUACAGGCUUGGGGUGUUCUAGAAGAAAGAGCUGGCAACAUUUCCUUAGCUCGUCGAUUAUUUAGAUCAUCGCUGAAUAUCAAUUCUCAAAGCUACAUAACAUGGAUGACAUGGGCUCAAUUCGAGGAAGAUCAGGGGAACUCUGUGCGAGCUGAGGAAAUCCGUGACCUUUAUUUCCAACAGCGGACUGAAGUUGUGGACGAUCCUUCUUGGAUUAUGGGAGUUUUAGACAUCAUCGAUCCAGCACUUGACAGCAUAAAGAGGCUCCUGAAAUUUGAUAAGAAUAAGGAACAGAAAUCAUUCAGAGCUAUACCGAGCGAAAUUGAAUCUAAUGCUGAUGCACCUUCUAGUAAUACUGCUGAUAAUGGCAAUGUGAUAAGAAGUGGAAGCGGAUUUGAUUUGGAUUAUUUCAUCAAAAAAAGAUUGUCUUUAGAUCCAUCAAAGCUAGAUGUUCAACUGGAAACAUCACAAAAUCCAGCACCAUGGAGAGAUUCGCGAAAAAUAUGGAGAUCUUCCGCAAAAUUGUCGAAAGCCUAAAAGUUUGAUGCAAACUCAACUGUGAAUGUAAAUUUAGGCCAAGUUUCUAUUUUCAAUUUUGAAAAGUUGGCAUUCAUCGACACUGAUAACCACAGCAGAAUGUGUACACAAUCUGUAUAGUGUUUCGUAAUGAAAGGAAAAUAGAAAAUUAAUAUUUCA